UUGCCAUCAACACUAAGAGAAGGUAGCUAAACGUUUCUGGUACGAAAUUAAAAUGGAAUAUUUUUGUUUUUAACUAAAAGCAGUCGAUUUUUUUUAAAACAUAAGAGCCAGAGCUGACCUUUUGCCAGGAUGGAGGUGGCCCUCUCUGCCCCACAGAUACUCUCAGAGCCCCUGAGGAAGGGGACUCCUCUGCCUCUGAGCCAGCUGGUGGAGGAGAGCAGGAGCAGAGGCAACAUCCCCAAUCACCUACUGGAAUCAAAAAUCUAUGCCAAACUCAAAAGCAACAGCCUGAUCCAAGCAGAGCCCCCAGAGCUUCACUUCAGUGGGUUUGAGCUUGGAAAGGAUUACCUAAAAAUUCUGAAACUAAUCAACAUCUCAUCUGAGGUUAUGAAUAUUCAUAUUAUUUCCACCCAAACCAAGCACUUCCAAACAACUUACACGAAAAAGUAUCGACUCAUCCCCGGCCUCGCCUACACGCUCAAGGUCCGAUUCUGUCCCGAUGAGUGGCGCUACUUCUAUGACUGCAUUCGAGUUCACUGCAAGGGGGAAGAGAACCUGUUAAUUCCAGUUCAUGCUUACCCUGUCAUCGAUGACCUGCGCAUCCCCCCUCGCAUCGACCUAUCAGCCGUGCCACUUGGACAAAGUGUAACCCAUGCUAUUCCUCUGAGAUGCAGCUGCCCCAUUGACUUUGAGUUCCAGGUGUACGUUAUUCAGCCCCAUGAGGCGUUCUCCAUCCAUCCCCUUUCAGGUGUGAUACCAGCCAAUGGUGAGGUGAAGCUCACGGUGACCUUCAGUCCUUUCCAGUAUGAGACUUCUCAGGUCACCAUCCAGCUGGUCAUCUCACAGUUCAACACCAAACCUUACCUCUGUACCAUCACUGGGAAUUCUGCCCCUAACCCAGCCCUCAGUCAGCUGGAAAGGAAGUCGGGUCAUGGAGAUGCAGCGAUUGCAGAAUAUAAAGGACCUUCACCUGCCACCCUCCAAGUGCCUCCUCGAAGUAAAACCAGAUACAGGUCAACCAAGGAGGCUGACAAAUCAAAGAAGUUGAGGGAUCAGUCCGGACUGAAGCCGCCGGUGGAUGUCUCUACCCCCGCGGGCGUUGCCAAGAUGCUGAUCAAAGACACCAGUAAACUCAGCUCUAAAGCCCUGAAGGAAGCCAUGUCCUGCGGCAGUGUGUUUGGUCUGCAAAACAAGCAGAUGAAGGAGGCACUUUUCAUAAAACAGGUUCAACAAAAUGUGAAGGAGGAGCAAGCCAACCACGUCAGAUGGCAAGUUCACCUGGGUAAAGACCCUGUGUCAGAGCAAACCAGGAGGCAGAUACUGGAGGAGAGAGAGAUCACGCUGCAUGAAUACACGGUUCAAAGGGGAGAUGUAAGGCAAGAGGAAGACUUUGCUGCUGGACCACCUAAACUUUCCUCCAGACGAGUGCUUUGUGAAGCUGGACAGGCCCCAGAGGGAGCCCCAACCUUCCAGUUUUACUCCAGUUUUCAUUGGGAGUUGAGACGAAGAGCCCUCAGACUGUUCCAGCAGGCAGCACGCAAGGUUGUGAUCCGAUGUCGCAUGAACCGAAGACUAGCGAGUUUGAAGAAGCUGGUAGACAGCGUGAGGAACCUGCCCUCGGCACAGAAAGUCGGAGAGAAGAAGCCGUGUGACCUGGAGAUAUCGCCAGACAAAGUCUUUCCAUUUUCUUUUCCCAUUUUCCCUGAUGAACAUGACCCACUGACUCACAGUAAUUUGGUCUCAGUGCCUGUGGAUCCUAUUGAUGUGACUGUGACAACGCAUAUUCCUUUCUUCAAGCUUAAAGUUCCUCAGCACUAUAAGCUUAUGGGCUACGAGCCUGUGUCAACCUGGGAGGCAUUUAACUCUUAUAUCCCCACUACUCUGGCCAGACCACUUCGCACUGGAGCUCCGGACGAGGCUGGAGCCGAGAAGGAACAGCAGCAUGAAAAUGAAGAAGAAGCUGCGGAAGCAAAGGAGGUGGCGGGUCUCAGCUUCACUGCCCCUGAAGCUCUGCUCAGACCUUUCCCUGCAAACCCGCUCAGGAUCUUUAAUCCGGCUCCAGGCCUGCAGGCUUACAAACCGACCCCUAAUUACCUGGAGAGUGAUCUGGAGUUCCACCUCUGCCCUCUGCCCAGGUACACAGUCUCAGAGAGCAACAUGCAUGACACAAGGACUCUGCACACUCAGAAGAAGUUUCUGGAUCGCAAGGAAGUGAUAAAAGGGGUCAUGACAUGGAAGAACUUCGAUUCGAUCGCCUUGAACUCUUUGUCCAACCAACCUGCUCUCACCAGUGGCUGUGCCCUGCGCAGGUCUGUCGACUACAGCACAGAUGUACUUCCACUCACAGCACCUCGUCCUCUCACCACCUUUCCUGAUGAUCUGACACCACUAAUGGACAAACCGUGUGAAGGCUCAGGAGUUCAACUGACUCCAGAUAUGAUCAGAGCAGAGUUCUUGUCUGGGGAACCUCUGGUCUCCAAUAGCAACCUCACCACGGGAAUGACAGCCUGGCACCAGAGGGAGCUUCAGAUGGAGGCGACAUACAGGUCUGAAUUCAACCAGAUGGGAAGAAGAGUGAUGACCAGGCUGAGGCAACUUGGAGUCGACAACGGAACUUCUCAUUCACCAGGAGAGGACUGCGAAUAGAGGACGACCUUGAUCUCAAACCUGGAUGAGGAAGGAUUUGUGGAAAUAAUAAAUGAAAAGGAGUUUCUGUCUUCGGCAGCCGAGCCUCCACCAGCAGCACAAAAUGAGAGUAGGGGAAAUAAAUAAAUAAAUGAAUGAAUAAAAAGAAACUCAAUAAGCAGACGUGAUCAAAGAGGAGGGGAAAGAAGCAGAAAACAGUGUUUGGAAUCACUCACACAGAAGUUGUACUUCAGCGGGUUUAUCAGUCCAAACAAUAAAAGGCACAAAGGAAAGCUGUUCACACUCACACAAGUACAAAUGCGUGCACACACACACACACACACACACACACACACACACACACACACACACACACACACACACACACACACACAGGCAGAGUGUGCAAGCACAGACUGCUCCUUUAUCUCCGACCAAAAACACUGACUAUAAAAUCGUACAACCCAGACACACACACACACAUACACACACGAUACA